AUGGCGCUGCCCUGGGCCCUUGCGGUCUUGAGCCUUCUUCCCCUGCUGGACGCACAGAGCCCGGCGUGUCCCAAUUUCUCCGUGCCAAUCACCAAUGCCUCCCUGGACCAGAUCUCUGGCAAGUGGUUUUAUAUCGCCUCGGCUUACCGCUUCCCGGAGUACAAGAAGGAAGCUAGCAAAAUCCAUGCAUCCUUCUUUUACUUCACCCCCAACCACACGGAGGACACAAUACUGCUCAGAGAGUACAUGACUGUUGAGGGCAAGUGCAUCUAUAACUCCACCAACAUGAGGGUCCAUCGAGAAAAUGCGACCCUGACCAAAAAUGAGAAUGGCACAGAACAUUAUGGCCAACUGCUGCUCCCCAAGGACCCCAAGACCUUCAUGCUCGCUUCUUUCCCAGAAGACAAGCAGAACAUGGGGCUGUCCUUCUUUGCUGACAAGCCAGAGGUGACCCCGGAGCAAAUGGAACAGUUCUAUGACUACCUCACGUGCAUGGGCAUGGACAAGUCGGAAGUCAUGUACAGCGAUGAGAAAAAGAACCUGUGCCUGCCGCUGGAGAAGCAGCACGACAAGGAGAGGAGGAAGGAAAAGGAGAGGUCCGAGACAGGCACAGCGUUGGAUUAG